AUGAGCCCGCGUUUUCUCUCGGCGCGGCGUCGCUGGCGCACGGCGGAAGCAGCAGCAGCAGCCGCAAGGUGCAUCCCCGCGGAGCCGCUUUUUCCGCCAACGGUUACCACCACUGUAACCACUGUAGCAAUCGGUGUGGUAACCACCAUUGUGGUUACAACUGUGGCAGCAGCAGCACGGGCAGCAGAGGGGCCGGCACCCCUGUCGCGUGUAACAGUAACUUGGGCAGCUUUAACGGUUCCAGCUGUAGCGGCGCCAGCUGUAGCAGGGGUAGCGACGGGACAGGAUUACUCGGCGCAGGUAUUACCAGCAGUAGUGGCAGCGGCAGCGCCAUUGGUGGUCGGGGCGAUUGUAACGGCGCAAAUGACGCUGACACGGCCACGUCAGCAGCGCUGCAUCGGCAGCCCCUUCCCCGGAAGCAGCGCGCACAGCUGCGGGGGAGGCGCAGGUGGGGGAAGCAGCGGGGGGAUUGGCGGGGGAAGCGGCGGGGGGAGCGGGGGAAGCGGGGGGAGUAGCGGGCCGGUGGUGUCUGUAGCAUAUGCGCUGAACGUGCUGGGGGUGCGCGGACCUAGGCGCAUUCUCUGCACUCUGCACCAGGUCCCCGCGGGCGCGGCGGUCACUGGCGGAGGGGGAAGCGGGGCGGCAGGCGCGGGGCGAGGCGCAGGAGGGAAGGCGGGGAGAGGAACGGGGGAGGAAGCGGGGGGGGGAAGGGGGGAGGGGAGGUCGUUGGCAAGGGGGGCAAGUGGGGGGAGUGGGCGGGGAUGGGGGGACGCUUCCGCGGUAGCGGAGGCAGCGGGGGAGGCAGCGGCGGAGGGGGCCAGGCGGGCAGCUGCUGCGGCAGCUGAUGUUGCUGGCACCGCCGCCGCUGCUUUAGGCUUAGAUCCCGUUAUAGGCACGUCCGAUAUAGGCACGUUACGAAGCCCGCGUCCUGCCACCCUUCCUCCCGUUACAACCUCUGAUAGAAGCUCCGUUUCAACUCCUCCCGUUACAGUUCCCCCUAGCACCCCUCCCCCUGCUACCCCUUCCCCCGCAACUGCUGCCGUCCUAGCCGCUGGUGCUGCCGCUGCUGCCGCCACCUCCCCGCUCCUCUCCUCCCUCUUCCAUUCCAACCGCUAUAGUCACACUCGCUACAGUAACCACUCGUGCGAUCUCCCAGAGGAACAAAAAUCGGAUGAGCAAGCACCUGGCCAAUCCCAGCCUCCCACGUGUACCUCCUCUUUCACCCCUUCCCCGCUUCCCCGCCCCUCCUGGCCCUCAUCCCCCGCUUCUUCCCCCGCCGCCGCCCACCCAGCUGGCGCAACCUCCGCCCCGCCCCACUUCCCCGCCCCUUCCGCCCUCCACUCCCCCGCUUCCCCCCCUGACGUGCUAAUUGCCCCCACAGGCUCCUCCGCUUCUCCCUCCCCUUCCGCUUCCGCCUCAGCCGCUCCCCCCUGCCCCGCUUCCGCCUUCCCCCCUUGCUUGGAGCUUCCCUCUUCCGCGCUGUCUUCCGCCUCCCCCGCCGCCCGUUCUUGCGCAUACAGGCUCAAGAGUGGGGAAGAGAUGGGUGCGGGAGAGAGCAUGGGGAGCAGUGGUAAGGAGGAGAGCGAUGAGCAGCAGAGCAUGCGAGAGGAGGGUGUGGAAGAAGGGGGGCAGUGGGAGAAGAAGAGUCAAGAGGAGAGCAGUCCGGAGGACGGGAGUUUAGAGGAGGGGAAUCAGCAGGAGGAGUGUGGGGAUUGGCCGACAGACGGCGCGUGUGAGCAGCAGGAGAGCAGUGGAGAGGGAAGGAGUGAGCAGGAGGGCAAUCAGGCUGCGACUCCCCCAUUUGCUGCUUCGUCUGCCCCGUCUCUUGCCGCCCUUCCUGCUGCUCCUUCUGCUUCUGCUGCUCCUUCCCCUGCUGCUGCGCCUCCUGCUUUCAAUGCAGAGGCAGAUGCGGAGGGUGACACUGAGGGUGACUUAGCAUCAGUGAAGAAUUUUCAGCUGAUAGAGGGGGGCGGGCCGGGGAACGACUCGGACAAGCCGGUGCUGCUGCAGUUCGGGAAGAUUGGCAAGGACACUUUUACUAUGGACUACAGAUAUCCACUCACGGCCUUCCAGAUUGGCAAGGACACGUUCACCAUGGACUACAGAUACCCGCUUACUGCCUUCCAGAUCACGACCGGCGCAGGGGGAGGGUUGGGGGAAGGGGGAAGCGCAGGGGGGGCGGAGGCUCCGGAAGGUGCGGCAGCGAGCGCUGCUGCUGGCGGAAAGGUUGGCGGAAGGACUGGCGGAGGGGUUGGCGGAGGGGCGGGAGGAAGCGCGGGCGGGGGGAAAUCCGCGGGCGGAAGGAAGCGGAGGGGCGGGGUGGCGGUGGGUCUGGCGGACUUGGAGCAGGGGCGGGGGUGGGAAUGGGAGGAAUGGGAGGAGGUGGGAGGAGGGGUGGGAGGAGCUGCAGCAGGGACAACGGAAGCUGAGGCGAAGGCUCUAGCGUUUAGGGAUAGACUGGUGGAGUAUAAUCGCACGUCGGCCCAACGGACGGUUGUGAUCGACGAUCAGAGUGACUAUUUCAAAUCGAACGGUGCAGAUGGGGAUGGGGACGCUUGGCUGACGAAUGAGGAGAGGGAGAUUUUGAGGAGGAGAGAGGAGGAGAGGGAGAGGGAGGAGGAGGAGAGGAGGAGGAGGGUGGUUGUUACACUCGAUCUGAUUGGUCGACGGGUUCUCGUGGCAGAUAGCCCUGGGGCUGACGUGGCAAGGGGUGGAGCUGACGUGGCAGGGUCUGAGGGAGCCAAACCAGGGCAGGAAGGUUCUGAGAAGCAGACAAAGGGUGCAAGUGGGGGGGCGAGUGGGAGGCGAGGGGGAGGUAGAACUGGUGUAGGGAGUAUCUUCCUGAUGGGGGGCCAAAAUGACAAGGGGCAAGGAGACAUGGAGCAAGGAGAGAGGGACCAGAUCCCAACAAUGAAGCAGGAAGUGGUUUCAGGGAUAAAAGUGCUUAUAAAAGGGGAAGGUGGCGGAGGAGGAGGUUCGGCAGCGGGUGGUUUGGGCCGAACCCGGCUCAUGCCAAGCCCGAACCUCCCAAUUGCAGCUCCCGUGUUUGUUAAACCAAGCAGUGCUAACAGUAGUAGCAAUGGUGCUAGUGGUACUGGUGGUGCUGCUGUUGCUGGUGGUGCUGCUGCUGGUGGUGCUAGUUCAAAUGAGGCAACUGGGCAAGGCAAGAAGGGCGGCAAGGGGAAGAAGGGGCAGCAGGAGCAGCAGCACGUGAAGGAGCAGGAGAGUGACAGAAGGAGAGGUGCUUAUAAGGAGGGCAUGGCGAGGCUUCAGCAUGAUUCCCCACUGAUGGAAGCUAUGAGGGAGAUAGAGGAGGAGGUGGGGGGGAGGAGCGGGGGGGGCGGGAACAGAAGGAUUGACAAGGAGAGGGGUUCGAGAGGAGGUGAGGUGGGGAAUCAAGGAGUGGGGUAUAGAGGAGUGAUUGGGGGAGGGACGGCAGGAGGGGGAUUGGAUUCUCGGGAGAAUCGGGAUAGGGACGGCCCGUGUGGCAUCCCUGCUGACCUGGCGGGGCUUGCUGACCUGGCAGACGAUGAAGCUGACGUGGAUGGGAGGUUUGACAUCUGUGUACAGACGGAUCAGCGGGGAGGGCUGCUGAGAGGAGUGGGAGGAGCGGGAGGAGUGAGGGGGUCUGAAGCUGGUAUUGAUGGAGGGAGAGGGGGAGUGUUGCAGGAUGGAAUGCUUGAGAUUGUGAAGGAGUGCCGUCGCCUUGGCCUGGGGCCGGGAGGAUUUUACCGCCCGAAAUUUCUCAACGGCGGGCAGAUGAAACUUCACAUGAUGUGUCUUGGGCAGCAGCACUGGGAGCCAAAUCUCCGAACCUACCAGCCCCGCCGAACCUAUGUAGAUGAUGCCAAACCUCCCGCUCUCCCCCUCUCCAUCUCUUCCCUUGCUGUACAAGCCGUUUCUGCUGCCCAAACUGCUGUCCGAGCCGCCUCGGGCAGCAGCAACAAAAGCAUCCUCCCGGACAUGACCCCCUCGGUCUGCAUCGCAAACUUUUACUCUCCCCGGCGCGGAGCCCUCGGCAUGCAUCAGGACAAGGACGAGCCGCCCGCAUCGAUCCGCCGGGGGGCGCCAGUCGUCUCCUUCUCCGUGGGAGACUCGGCGGAUUUCCUAUUCGGGUGGCAAAGAGACCCGGAGAAAGCAGCGAAGGUGGUUCUAGAAUCAGGAGAUGUGGUGGUGUUUGGGGGCCCGUCCCGGUUGAUGUUCCAUGGCGUGCCAUGUGUGCAUGGCGGGACGGCGCCUGAUUGGUUGGCUCAGGAGACCGGGCUGCGGCCGGGCAGGCUUAAUCUGACGGUCAGGGAGUUGUAG